AUGGAAGGAUCAGGUCCGCGCCAAGCUGGACGUACUGAAUCUCAACGACAGGACAACUUUGUAAACCUCGAACGAGCAAAAGACCAAAAUGAUCAACGAGAGGGCAGUGUGAACACCGCUCACACGAGUAAAAGUCGCUCGAAAGGGAAAGACCAUGCAUCCCGCCAGCACAACGAGCAGAAGGCUCUGCAGCAAGAGAUUGAGGAUUUGAGGAAAAGGCUGCGGCGAGCCCAACAAAAACGUCCUUUGCCCAUUUCGGAUACUAGCAGUGGUGAGGAUGAUGAAUACAGACGAAGGAGGAGGACCCCCCCGAGCGAGACGAUGGCAGGUGACCCCUCAAAACGCAAUCAGAAUCUAUAUUGUGCGUACCACCAAGAGCCCGGCCAUGUCACAGACGAAUGUAGGAAUCUGAAGAACUAUGUGGAUCGACUCGUCCGAGAAGGAAAGCUAGGGCAUCUGUUGCAACGUCCUGAGCAGUCAAAUGUCGAUACCAGGCAAAGUACCUUGAGGCCACCCAUCGGCACGAUAAAUGUCAUUCUUGCCGCACCUGGGAGAACCGGUUCCGUCCCAUUCAGAGUAAUGUCAGUAGGUAGGUUCCCGACAGAGUCAGGCGAAAAGGAAUCCAAGAGGGCUAGAGGGAGAGUGCCAUUAAUUGGAUUCACGGAAGAGGACAAAGAGGGAACUAUUCAGCCCCAUGACGACGCCCUAGUCGUGACACUCAGAAUAGGAGGCUAUGACGUGAGGAGGGUGUUAGUUGAUCAGGGCAGCGCCGUGGAAGUGAUGUACCCGGACCUGUACAAAGGGCUGAAUUUAAAGCAGGAGGACCUGUCGCCAUAUGACACUCCUCUGCUUAGCUUUGAGGGAAAAAUCGUCAUCCCUAAGGGCAUGAUCAGAUUGCCUGUGCAAACAGACAUAGAAAUAGUGGAAGUGGAUUUCAUUGUGGUGGAUGCAUACUCACCCUACACGGCUAUCGUGGCACGGCCAUGGCUUCAUACGCUAGGGGCUGUGUCAUCUACCCUGCACCAGAAGGUGAAGUAUCCCUCAGAGGGCCGAAUCAAAGAGAUAGUGGGGGAUCAAGGAGUGGCCAGGCAUUGCAUGGUAUCGGCCAUUGCUCGACAAUUAAGCGACGCGCCUUCCACUUCAACCGGGAAUACCUUAUAG